AUGACGGCCCGGAAGCUCAAUGUCCUGGUAUACACCGGCACUGGGACCACGAUAGAAUCUGUCAAGCACGCCAUCUACUCGCUGCGCCGCCUUCUGGCCCCAAACUACUAUGCAGUGAUCCCCAUUACCGAAACAACACUGCUCAAGGAGCCGUGGCAGUCUACCUGUGCCCUCCUUGUCUUCCCUGGCGGUGCCGACUUGGGCUACUGCCGAGCACUGAACGGCGCUGGUAACUCUUUGAUUUCCCAGUAUGUGCGCCGAGGUGGAGGCUACCUGGGCUUUUGUGCAGGUGGCUAUUACGGUAGUCAAAAGUGCGAGUUUGAGGUCGGCAACAAGGCCAUGGAGGUCAUCGGUCCUCGCGAACUAGCCUUUUUUCCUGGCAUCUGCAGGGGCGGUGCGUUCAAGGGCUUUCAGUAUCAGAGCGAGAAGGGCGCCAAGGCUGUGAGACUUCACGUACAGAAGGAUGCCUUCAAGGGGGCAGGCGUCCUCCCGGAUGAGGUGCUGUCAUAUUACAAUGGUGGCGGAGUGUUCAUCCCACGUUCAGUCGGCGGCGUUGAGGUGCUGGCCACUUACGCCGAUGAGCUCGACGUUGACGGCGGCGAUCGGAAGGCAGCUGCCGUCUUCUGUACCGUAGGCCAAGGCUCGGCUUGCCUCACUGGCCCGCAUCCAGAGUUCGCCCCUGAGAAUCUCAGUCAUCAGUAUGAUGUACCAGGAUAUGAUGAGCUUAUCUCCAGCCUCAAAGCGGCCGACGGCGCUCGGUCGACCUUCUUGAAAGCUUGCUUGAUGAAGCUGGGCCUCGAAGUCAACCAGGAGUCGUCCACGGUACCAUCGCUUUCCCGAAUGCAUCUUUCAGCAAUGACAAGCUCCGAGGUGGACGACCUACUUCACUCGUUACAAGAAGCUAUCACCAAGGAAGAUGGUGAGGAGUAUAUCAAUGGCGAGAACGAUGUGUUUCACUUGGAAAGGCCAGACACUAAGUGGGACAUGAACGCUCUCAAGAAAACCUUGUCAAAUGAGAGUGGCAAGAACCUCGACGGCAUCAUUGAUUACUCGAGCAUACCUAAGCGGGUCAUCAUCCAUGAUGAGUCUUGGCCAGACACCAAGGAAACCCCCUAUUUCAAUCACCAUGCUUUCUAUGGCGGUCUGAAAUCAUAUCGGGCAGUCGAUCCCGACGCUGAGGAAUGGGGCGACUACUUCAUGUACGGCGAAGUAGUGACCAGCACCAACACACUUCUGGAGAAGAACUACAAACUCUUGUCGAAAUUGCCAACUGGCUUCACCCUGGCUGCAACCACGCAAGUCGCUGGCCGCGGACGCGGUAAUAACGUCUGGGUAUCUCCCGCCGGUGCCUUGAUCAUGUCUACUGUCAUCAACCAUCCCGCACACCUCGCCCCGAGUCGACCGAUCGUCUUUAUCCAAUACCUGGCAGCCAUUGCCAUAGUUGAGGCCGUGAAGUCCUACGAUAAAGGCUACGGAGAUGUGCCCGUGAAACUCAAGUGGCCUAACGAUAUUUAUGCACUCGAUCCGCGAGAUAAGUCGGACAAGCCAUCGUACGUGAAGAUCGGGGGCAUUCUCUCAAACUGUGCCUAUUCAUCGGGGUCCUAUCAGAUCGUGCUGGGUAUCGGCAUCAAUACAACAAAUGGACGUCCGACAACUUCCUUGGAUGCGCUGCUCCCGAGCCAUUUAGCUCCUUUCCGGAUUGAGAGGCUGGUGGCUAGGAUUGUCACGCGAUUGGAAGUGCUUUACAAGCAGUUCGUCAAGAAGGGAUUCACCAGAGAGAUGGAGGAGAAGUACUACACCCACUGGCUCCACGGUCGCCAGAUCGUGACCCUGGAGGCCGAGGGUGGCGUCCGGGCCAGGAUCGUUGGCAUCACGAGAGACUGGGGCAUGCUUAUGGCGGAGGAACUUAGAAAUGAUGAAAGCAACAUGCCUACGGGCAAGAUGUGGGCGCUGCAAAGCGAUGAAAAUAGUUUUGAUUUCUUCAAGGGCCUUGUCCGGCGGAAGGUGUAG